AAAAAUAUUAUUUUAAAAUCCUGAGCAAAACUGUCAGAAAAAUAACUGUCAUAAAACAACUAAUUUCUGAAAUAACAACUAUAUUUUUUAUUUUUAUACCCGACUUUCAAUACUUCGUGAUGACGACAGAAACUCCAGCAAAUCCAAAUUUCUUAAAUGUAUUUAAAGUUAUCAGCAGUGCCAAAAAGGGGUUUUUGAGAAAAAAAGUCAACAGAGCGCGAAGGGAAAAUGUAGCGCGAGGUAUGGCCGGUCAACUAGACCUGUCUAUGGACUCAAUGGAAGAGACUAGAUUUAAAAAACGAAACCAAUAUUUAAUACAAAGACUAGAGAAGAGACUGCAUUUUACAUAUGCAGAGAUUGAAUGCCUUUUGCUAAUAUAUUAUAAGUUGUGGAAAGAAGGUUUAGUAAAUAAUCCCUCCCAAGAAGGAGUAACCAAAGUGCAAUUUAGAGAUGUUCUCCACUGUGCACUAGAUAUGACCGACGAUAGUCUAAUGGACAGAGUGUUUCUGGCUCUAGAUAAAGGUCCCAGUUCGUGCAUAUCUAUGGAAACUUGGGCAACGGCGUUUUCACUAUUCUUGCGAGGGACCAUUGAGGAAAAAAUUCAAUUCUGCUUUUCGAUCUACGACAUUAUGGGAGAUGGAAUAUUGGCACGCGAUAGUAUAUUUCAACUGCUAAGGACAUCGCUUGUGAGCCAAAGUGGCGAAGAAGACGCCGAGGAAUCAGCACGAGAUAUGAUUGAAGUAAUAACUAAAAAAAUGGACAUUGAUCGUGAUGGCAAAAUAUCAUAUGCAGACUAUAAACAAUCAGUUCUGAAAAACCCCAUGCUUCUAGAAGCGUUUGGCCAGUGCUUACCAUCCCGCCAAGCAAUAUUUUCCUAUCUGACAACGUUUACCAGCACGGGAUCAACUAUGUAGCGAACAUUUAAAUAAACAUAAUAAACGAAACUAACAUC